AUGCCGGCGGGCGCCGAGCAGCCGCGGGGCGCCGAGCAGCGCCCACCCGCGCAGGGCCCGCCUGCCCAGGGCCCGCCGGCCGCCGCCGAGAAGCCGCCGUCCUCAGGCCGCCGCCGUGCGCCGCCGCCCGCCGCCGAGCAGGGGGAGGAGUCCGGCGGUAGCCGUGUGCUGAGGGGCGGCCGGGAGCGGGGCCGGGCAGUCGCCGCCGCCGCUUCGGCCCCUGGUGGGGCCGCCGCUGCUUCACGCCGCCGUAAGGCCGAGUAUCCCCGGCGCCGGCGGAGCAGCCCCGGGGCUCGGCCCGCCUCCGAACAGCCCCCCGCUGAGACGCCGUCCGCGGCCAAGAAGUCUUCCCGUGCUGGGUGCACGGAUAAAGCAGCUGGUAAAGAUCCCAAAGAAGAGAAGGAGGAGGAGGAGGUCUCCAGUGUCCUCAGCCAUGGCUCCCCUGUCAGCACAGCCAGGCCCAGCAGGAGCUGGCGCAGCAGCAGAGCAGCCACCGUGGCCCGCCAGCGGGACACCGAGAACUCACGUGCCUCCAGAUCCAAGACGGGCUCCCUGCAGCUCAUUUGCAAGUCAGAGCCAAACACAGACCAGCUGGAGUACGAGGUCACAGAAGAGCAUCAGUCUCCAGCUGGAAUCAGCAGUGAUGACGAGGAGGAGAUGCUCAUCAGUGAGGAAGAAGUUCCCUUCAAAGAUGAUCCGAGAGAUGAAACCUACAAGCCCCAUCUAGAGAAGGAAACACCAAAGCAAAGGAGAAAAGCUAGCAAAGGGAAGGAGGAAAAAGAGAAACAGAAAGAAAUUAAAGUAGAAGUAAAAGAAGAAAGCGAGUUUCGGGAAGAUGAAGAACCACCACGGAAGAGAGGAAGGAGGAGAAAGGAUGACAAGAGCCCAAGGCUUCCCAAGAGAAGGAAGAAGCCCCCGAUACAGUAUGUGCGCUGUGAGAUGGAAGGCUGCGGCACCGUCCUGGCUCACCCACGGUACCUGCAGCAUCACAUAAAGUACCAGCACUUGCUGAAGAAAAAAUACGUGUGUCCUCAUCCCUCCUGUGGUCGGCUCUUCCGGCUCCAGAAGCAGCUGCUGCGGCAUGCCAAACACCACACAGAUCAAAGGGAUUACAUCUGUGAGUACUGUGCCCGGGCGUUUAAGAGUUCUCAUAACUUGGCGGUGCACCGAAUGAUCCAUACGGGGGAGAAGCCUUUGCAGUGAGUACUUCUGCCUGUCUCUUGCUCUCCUA